AUGGGUGUUUGUGUGACAAAAAUGGAAGCAUAUGAUCAUUUGAAAGUGGUAGGAUUUAUCAAGGGUUAUAAUAAUUGGAUAGCACAUGGAGAACUUUCAAACUACAAUGAAGCCACAUCUAAUUCUGAAAAUACAUCAAUUGGGGUUUCAAAUGGGACUAAUGACAUGCAAGACUUGGUCCAUGAUGUAUUUGGGAUACCACAUGGAACAAAUGAAUUGAAUAGAGAAGGGGACAUUCCUGUUUUAGAGGCUGAAAAAUUUUACAAAUUGAUUGAUGAUUCUCAACAGGAUUUGUACAGUGGUUGCAAAAAUUUCUCGAAAUUGUCUUUCAUUAUUCGUUUGCUUCACCUAAAAUGCCUGGGUAAGAUGAGUAACAAGAUUUUUAAUAUGCUUGUUGAGCUGUUGAGAGAAGCAUUUCCGGAGGCCAUGACUAAUUUGCCGUCUUCUUACUAUGAGGCUGAGAAAUUGAUGAAUACAUUGGGGCUGGGUUAUGAAAAGAUCGAUGCAUGUCCUAAUGAUUGUUCUCUUUAUUGGGGUAGUGCUGAAAAAAGAACUUCAUGCGAAACAUGUAACGAGCUUAGGUGGGUUGCUUCAGAAAAUGAUCCAACUGGGGAAAAAAGGAAAAUUCCUCAAAAAGUGUUGUGGCAUUUUCCCUUAAAACCUAGAUUACAAAGACUAUUUAUGUCUUCUAAAAUUGCAUCUCAAAUGAGAUGGCAUGAGGAAAAACGUACAAAAGAUGGUUGUAUGAGACAUCCAGCUGAUUCUCCAGCUUGGCAAACUUUUGACCAUCUACAUCCAGAAUUUGCUAAGGAUUGUCGAAAUGUUAGAUUGGGGUUGGCAUCUGACGGGUUUAAUCCAUUCAACAACAUGAGUUCUACACACAGUACUUGGCCUGUAGUUUUAAUACCAUAUAACUUACCUCCGUGGAUGUGUAUGAAGCAACCGUACUUCAUGUUGUCCUUGUUAAUACCCGGACCAUCCUCUCCUGGGAAUAAUAUUGAUGUUUAUCUACAGCCUCUAGUUAAAGAAUUGACCGAAUUGUGGGAUUUUGGCAUUCAAACUUAUGAUGCAUCCCAAAAAGAAAAUUUUCAAUUGCAUGCAGCUCUGUUGUGGACCAUUAGUGAUUUCCCUGGAUAUGCAAUGUUAUCUGGCUGGAGCACUAAAGGUGAAUAUGCUUGUCCUGUUUGUCACAAGUUCACUCAUGCACGACGGUUGACUCAUAGUUUCAAAUAUUGCUAUAUGGGUCAUCGGAGAUUCUUAGAUAGUAAGCAUAAAUUUAGAAAGCAAGCCCAAUUCUUUGAUGGCACCGAAGAACAUGGAAAGCGACCACCUUUGCAAACCGGGGAUAUGAUUGUGAGUGAAUUGGGAGACUUGCAAAUUAAAUUUGGAAAACUUGUGAAAGGUAAUCCGAAGCUGCCUUUCAAUUGGAAAAAGAGGAGUAUUUUCUUUGACUUGCCAUAUUGGAAAGAUAAUGUCUUAAGACACAAUCUUGACUUCAUGCACAUUGAGAAGAAUGUUUGUGAAAAUAUUUGGGGGACAUUGCUGGAUAUUGAGGAUAAAGCAAAGGACCAUUAUAAUUCCCGCCGUGAUUUGAGAGAAAUGGGAAUAAGAAAAGAGCUGCAUCCCAUUGAGACAGAACCUGGAAAGGUGUACUUACCUCCAUCUUCCUUUGCAAUGGAUAAAAAACAGAAAACUAUGUUUUGCAAUGUGCUAAAAAAGUGA